AUGCAGAUGAACACGAGCGAAAAGGACCUGGACAACGUCAGCGUCCAGCACGAAACGGACGGCGUGUACGGCCACCCGCUCAUGUGUGCGAACCUGCCGUUCGACGUGUUCCCGCAGCACUCGGUGCCUGCGCGCGUGGCGCACCAGCUCAUCAAGGACGAGCUGGCACUGGACGGCAACCCCAAGAUGAAUUUGGCGUCGUUCGUCACGACGUACAUGGAGCCCGAGGCCGAGGACUUGAUGGUCCAAGGGCUGCGCAAGAACUACAUUGACCUGGACCAGUAUCCGCAGACAGCCGAGAUCCACAAUCGCUGCGUGACGAUGCUUGCUAAUCUAUACCACGCGCCCCUCGAACUGAACCAGAAAGCCACGGGCACAGGCUGCAUCGGCUCGUCGGAGGCCAUUAUGCUGGCAGGUCUGGCCAUGAAGCGUCGGUGGAAGGAACGCCGCGUGGCGGCCGGCUUGCCGUACGACAAGCCCAACAUGGUCUUUGGCUCGAACGUGCAGGUGUGCUGGCACAAGAUGUGCAAGUACUUUGAGAUUGAGAACCGUGAAGGCGACGUAUCGCCUGAUUGUCUCGUGCUCACGGCCGAGCGCGCGCAACCGCUCAUUGAUGAGAACACGAUUGGCGUAUGUGCUAUCCUCGGCAGCACAUUUAACGGCGAGUACGAAGACGUUAAGGCGAUUCACGACAUGGUCGUGGCCGUGAACGAGGCCAAUGGAUGGGACGUGCCUGUGCACGUGGACGCGGCCAGCGGUGGUUUUAUCGCGCCGUUUAUCAACCCAGAGCUCGAGUGGGACUUUCGUCUGCCAAACGUCAAGAGCAUCAAUGUCAGUGGCCACAAGUUUGGACUCGUCUACGCUGGCAUGGGCUGGGCUCUCUGGCGUGAGCCGGAAGACCUGCCGGACGACCUUGUGUUCCAUGUUAACUACCUGGGCGGUGACCAGGCGUCGUUCACGCUCAACUUCUCGAAGGGUGCAGGCAACGUGAUCGCGCAGUAUUACAACAUGCUGCGGUUUGGUUUUGAUGGAUAUCGUCAUAUCAUGGAAGCUAGUAUGAAGAACGCACAGCUGCUGCGCGAAGCGCUGGUGGCUACCGGUCACUUUCGUGUGGUGGACAAGCAGCACAUGCCGCUCGUGGCGUUUGCGCUGAUUGACUCGUCGCGCUACAGUUGCUUUGACAUCCAGGAUAAGCUCAAGAGCCGCGGAUGGAUUGUUCCAGCCUAUACAUGCUCCAGCGGUGCCGAAUCGCUGACGAUCAUGCGUGUGGUUGUGAAGCAGAACUUUUCGUCGCAUAUGGCGAACAUGCUGGUUCAAGACAUUAUCAAGGCCAUCGAGGCUCUCGAGAAGCACCACGUGUUGGUGGACGCGGCCAUGUCGUCACCCAAGGCAGAGAAGAAACACUUUAAGGACAUUGUGCACACUUUCCAGAACAAUCUCAAGCACCAGAAGUCGGGGCUCACGACGCAUGGCGUUUGCUAG